AUGGUUCGCGGAAGUAAACGAGGAUGUAUAGUAAACCAAACACCGAGAGGUCGACCCCGUGGAAGAGGAGGCGGUCGUGGAAGAGGACGUGGAAGAGAAGCGUGGAAUGGGUCCAACCACGACGGUUUGGUCGGAAGGUCGACCGACAUUGACGACGAAGAGUUGAAGAAACGAGCGAGGCGAGCUGAAAGAUUCGCCCAAGACAACUGUAAAACUCAGUCAACAAACAAAGAACCGUGUUUCAAAUAUCCGGUUGCAGAACGGUUUCUAAGAGAUUAUCUGAUCCGACAAGCAACCGAUAAACGAGACGUCGGAAUAAUGAGAACAGCAGCUAGAUUUAUAACUAUACCAAGAUCUGGACCGCGACACCGAGCCCAUGACUUCUUUCUCAAUGUCCCCCAUCUACAAAAACUGUCCGAAUAUGGUGAUGCAGAAUCGAUAAUGCGGGCUGAAUUACAAGCGCAAAGAACAGAAUUAUUAGAGAUAAUUAGACAAAGAUCGCCAAAAAUCGAAAUCUAUACGGAGAGUUCACCUAACGUUGAAAAGCAGUCUGACCAGCCUGUUCUCCAUGAAGAGGAUUCAGAUGUCGAGAUGGGAGAGGCUGAGCCUCUUGUAGAAUCACCUAUACCAGUAGUAAGGUUAAAUAUACUUCAUACUCCAGUGAAAAACGUAGACGAAUUUGACGUGAACGAUGUGUCGAGCGAUGGUUUGUCACCAAUGGACGUGGAUGAAGAAUACCGAGAGAGUCUGAGAGCUUCAGUGCGAGGAAUAAGGAAAACGUUAUCAGGCGCCGGCGCGAAUAUGAGAAGACAAGCUAGAAGGGUGAGCUUUAAUAAUGCUCCAGAUAUAAUUGAUGACAUAGGUCAGGAUAACGAGACAAUAGAUCUAUCACCGUCCGAAUACACGAGAAAGCAGCAAUUAGCGAACAAAGCCAUUACAGAAGAAGCCGAAAAUAUUCGUGACGACAGAAACAUUAUUGGCAUUUAUCCUACUGAUAGUAAUGUACGCCUUGGAAAUUUGGAUGACAAAGACAAAACGACAGGAGAACGGCCGAUUCAGAAAAGAGACACAAUACCCGACAGUCCAAGUCCGAUGGUUUUCAACAUACGCACGCGCACUUAUAUGGGCUGGGCGGCCAACUCUUGUAGUCUUUUAGAUUGCCCAUUCCAUGUUCACAAACAGCCAAAGUGGGUCCAUGACAUGCUUGUCAAACCACCCACUUUCCAUUUUUAG